AUGAAGGAAUCGGGAGGUUCUUUUCCGCUCCUUUCUGACCACCUUGGCAGCCUGCCCAGGAGGCGGGGCUAGGCCAGCACAGUAGGCGGUGCCUUCCGGACAGGUUUGGCACUGACGUGGAGAAUCCAGCGGGGGGCCUCGAGUGACAGGUGGAGAAGAAGAGAAAACCGGAGGGACAGGUGGAUGCGGAGCUCGAGCCAGGCGUUUCCGGUGAGGGAGAGGGCAGGCAGACCAUCACCCUGCCUGAGGUAAUUUCGGGCAAUCAGCAUUUCCCAUAAGCGGUCUUCAAUCAGUUGUAACAAUGUUUACGGACUUGGACUUUGACAUCGAGGAGGAUAAGCUUGGAAUUCCCACUGUGCCUGGGACAGUGACCUUGAAGAAGGAUGGUCAGAAUCUGAUUGGCAUCAGCAUCGGGGGAGGAGCUCAGUACUGUCCCUGUCUUUAUAUUGUUCAGGUGUUUGAUAACACUCCUUCGGCUCUGGAUGGAACUUUGGCAGCAGGGGAUGAAAUCACAGGUGUGAAUGGGAAGUCAGUCAAAGGGAAAACCAAAGUGGAAGUGGCCAAAAUGAUACAGGUGGUAAAGGGAGAAGUGACAAUUCACUACAACAAACUCCAGGCUGACCCAAAGCAAGGCAAGACCCUGGAUAUCGUACUGAAGAAAGUAAAACACCGCCUGGUGGAGAACAUGAGUUCAGGGACAGCAGAUGCUCUGGGGCUGAGCCGAGCCAUCCUCUGUAAUGACGGGUUGGUGAAGAGAUUGGAAGAACUGGAGAGGACGGCAGAGCUCUACAAAGGCAUGAUGGAGCAUACAAAAAGUCUUCUCAGAGCUUUCUUUGAACUGUUUCAAUCUCACAGAGCAUUUGGUGAUGUUUUCUCGGUCAUUGGUGUAAGAGAGCCACAGCCAGCUGCCAGUGAAGCAUUUGUGAAAUUUGCAGAUGCGCAUCGCAGCAUUGAAAAGUUUGGAAUCCGCCUUCUAAAAACUAUCAAACCGAUGCUGACUGAUCUGAACACUUACCUUAAUAAAGCCAUUCCUGAUACAAGACUAACAAUUAAGAAGUAUUUGGAUGUCAAAUUUGAGUAUCUGUCUUACUGUCUCAAAGUGAAGGAGAUGGAUGACGAGGAAUACAGCUGUAUUGCACUGGGAGAGCCUCUCUACAGGGUGAGCACAGGGAAUUAUGAAUAUCGCUUAAUCCUACGCUGCCGCCAGGAGGCACGAACGCGCUUUGCUAAGAUGAGGAAGGACGUGCUAGAGAAGAUGGAGUUGCUAGACCAGAAACAUGUGCAAGACAUCGUAUUCCAGCUCCAACGCUUUGUUUCUACACUCUCCAAGUACUAUGAUGACUGCUAUGCUGUUUUGCGAGAUGCAGAUGUCUUCCCCAUUGAAGUGGAUCUGGCACGUACCACUCUGAGUUAUGGCCAGAAAGAUGUCUUCACGGAUGGGGCAGAGGAGGAGGAGGAGGAAGAGGGGGGAGGAGGAGGAGGUGGGGAAGGCAACAGAAAGGAAGAAGAGAAUGGUGAGAAACUCAUUGAUGAUGCCUGAGCUCAUGGACUUGGUGAGGUGGAAAAAUCAUUGCAGAGACUUAUAAAUUCUAUUUCUCUAA